CUUGCAAGUUUUGUUUAGAGAUUGAGAAGAGUAGUCCAAUUUGCUGAGAGAAAUGGAGCAAGGCAAAGGAACCAAGUCUUCUUCUUCUGAACUCUUUGGCUCAAAGGUGUCAUCUUCGUCUCGUUCAAGGAUUUUAGAGUCUAUAUUUCCUACUCAACCUAAGGUGCCAGGAGGAAUCUCUCUGCUAACCAGAAGGCAGAAUUCCCCGAAUGAGCCAUUGAAUGCAAAUCCUGCAAACUCUGAAGCGGGUUCCAUUUAUCCGCAGCAAUGCUCACAACCAUGUCAUCUAAGUUCAUCGAUCUACUACGGCGGCCAAGACGUAUGCCCUCACCCCCAGACUAAUCAAGACUCUGGAAUAGGCUCUGUGUACAAGGAUGAUGGAGAAGAUGAUUCGGGAUAUGCAAUAAGAGGAAACUGGUGGCAAGGAUCUCUCUAUUACUAAGUGUUUUCUCGCCGAUCAACAUACAUAUUAAGCAGGUAAAUAGGAAGACACAGAUGGCAGUUUAACCCGUUGCCAGCUAUACAUGGGAUGUAGACUGCAGUAAUCAGAUGUUGCAGACAGCCGAUUGCUUUUUACUUACUCCGGCUGAGCAAAUAUAGUAGUUCGACUCCCUUCUUCAGUGUGAAGAAUGGGGAGAAUUAGUCUUUUACUUUCUUUUCUUUAAUUCUGUGAAGACUAUGUACUCAAGUGACCUUGAUGUAGUAUGAUGAAUUACAAACUGUGCUUCAACA